UAUCCAGCAGUGAUCACACUCACAAAUACUACUGUCUGGCCGCUCAGACGACAUCAGAGAGAGAGAGAGAUAGAAUGAGAGCAAGUUAAGGCAGUCAACACAGAGCAUACUUAGCAUUAGAGACCUGAGGUCCUGUUUGUCCCUGUGCCAGUGACUCUGCAGGAGCACAGCUGACAACAAUAUCCACCUCCCCGUCCCUCUUCCUCUCACCUUGUUGCAUCCUCUUCCUACCUGGGACCAUGGAGGAGGUCACUAAAGUCACACCACCUCUCCUGGAACGCCGGGCUCGGCAGCGACAGCCCACGGUAUCAGUCCUCAAAUCCAAGCUGAAGCAGGGUGUGACCUGCUCCGGGCCCAGAGUCCGAUCCACCCUGACCGGGUUCUUCCCCGUUGUGCGCUGGCUGCCUAAAUACAAUCUCCGAGAAUAUGUCUGGGGCGAUCUAAUGUCCGGGGUAAUUGUUGGUAUCAUCUUGGUACCGCAGGCCAUCGCCUACUGCCUGCUGGCCGGAGUGGAGCCCAUCUAUGGUUUAUACACCUCAUUUUACGCCAACAUCAUCUACUUCCUCAUGGGGACGUCUAGACAUGUCUCUGUGGGGAUCUUCAGCCUCAUGAGCCUCAUGGUUGGACAGGUGGUGGAUAAGGAGAUGUUCCUGGCAGGUUUUGAUCUCAAUGAGGACUCUGGCCCUGAUGCGUUCAAUGCCACACUGGGCAUUAACCUUACGGCUGGUAAACUUCACAGUGUGGAGCUAAUGGGUCUGCAAUGUGGGAGGGAGUGUUACUCCAUCAGCAUCGCUGCUGCCCUUACAUUCCUGGCUGGCGUCUAUCAGCUCAUAAUGGCCGUGUUUCGGCUAGGCUUCGUCUCUGUAUACCUUUCGUCCCCUAUGCUCGAUGGUUUUGCCACAGGAGCCUCUUUUACCAUCCUCACCGUGCAGGCUAAAUACCUGUUGGGUCUAAAGAUCCCCCGUCAUCAGGGCUAUGGCACAGUUGUCGUCACCUGGAUCAACAUCUUCGCCAACAUUCAUAAGACCAACCUGUGUGACCUCAUCACGAGCGCCAUCUCUAUCUCUGUAUUAGUGGCAGGGAAAGAGAUCCAGGAGCGCUACAAAGAGCGUCUAAAGAUCCCUCUGCCGACUGAGCUGAUAGUAGUGGCAGGAGCUACGCUGGCCAGCCAUUUUGGGGAACUGAACAGCAAUUAUGGCUCCAGUGUUUCCGGUCACAUCCCCACAGGGUUCAUUGCUCCUCAGGUGCCCAGCUUUAGUCUGAUGCCACGGUUGGCACUGGAUGCCAUUCCUCUGGCUGUCAUUAGUUUUGCCUUCACGGUGUCGCUGUCCGAGAUGUUUGCGAAGAAAAACGGCUAUACGGUUCGCCCCAACCAGGAGAUGCUGGCCAUCAGCUUUUGUAACAUCAUCCCCUCCUUCUUCCGCUGUUUCACCACCAGUGCAGCAUUGGCAAAAACCAUGGUGAAGGACUCAACAGGCUGCCAGACACAGAUCUCCAGUCUGAUCAGCGCCCUGGUCGUCCUUCUCGUCGUCCUCUACUUCGCGCCUUUCUUCUACGCUCUCCAGAAGUGUGUUCUUGCCUGUAUCAUCAUUGUAAGCCUUAGGGGGGCGCUGAGGAAGUUUAAGGAUAUCCCGGCUAAGUGGCGUGCCAGCCGGAACGACGGCAUAGUUUGGCUGGUCACCAUGUCAGCCACGGCUCUGAUCAGUGUGGAGCUGGGCCUCCUGGUCGGAAUAGUUUUUUCCAUGAUCUGCAUCAUCUUCAAGACCCAGAACCCCAAGGUUUCUCUCCUGGGCCGAGCCAAUGACACCGAUCUUUACGAAGACAUGGACGAGUACAAGAACCUCAUGCCACCACCUCGGGUUCAUGUCUUCCGCUUCCAGUCUCCCCUGUACUACGCGAAUAAGGACUCAUUCCUCAGAUCCCUCUACAAAGCUGUCGGAGUUGAACCUUUCUUGGAGCUGACUAAGAGAAGAAAGGCAGAGAAGAAGGCCAAAGAGAUGUCCUCGAAGCAGGCCAAGGCAAACGGGGAUAAAAACAACGGAGAGGUCGUCAUUGGACUCAUUCAAAGAGAACUGGAUUUCCACACGAUGGUCUUGGACUGCUCUGCCAUCCCCUUCAUAGACUCGACAGGCAUGGCCACAUUUAAAGGGCUGGUCAAGGAAUAUAAAGAGAUAGGGGUGAGCAUGCUCUUUGCCAACUGUAACACCUCAGUUAUUGAUACCCUGCAGAAGGGACAAUUCUUUGGGGAAAAUGACAAAGACAUGAGCAGCCUGCUGUUUCAUACAGUUCACGCUGCAGUUCUUCAUGCAAACAGUACAUCUACAGAAAGCAAGUCAGAAGACUCUGUGGUAUAGAGCAGCUAGAAGGACAGGGAAGUUAGGUAUGCUAUCUUGCCACCUAUACAAAUAAUGCAUUAGGUAGCUUUGAGGUAGCCUUUUGGGAAGCUUUGUCCAAGAAAACACGGCAGUACCAAGAAUGUUCGAUAAGGAAGAGUAUUCCACCAAGUACAUUUUUGAUGCUUUGCACCUUUAAAGAACCGGACCACAUGAUCUGCUAAAUAAGCAUUUUUUUUUCAAGAUAAAAAUUUUUUAAUGCAAUUUUAUUGCUGGAAAAGGGCCAUUUCAUUAAAUAUGCCAUCUGUGCACUAGAAAGGUGCAAUUAUUUUGUUAAACUGAUGCCCCCAAAACAUUGUGUCACAUUAGCGAUUGCUCUCAGGGGCGUAGCCCAAAAUUCUGGGCCCUGUAGAAAGGCAUUUUCUAUGGGCCUCUCCCCGCAUCCACAGCUAUUCAUUCUAGCAUCUUUUUGGGCCCUCCUCACAUGAGGGCCCUGGGUCCCCUUUUUCCCCCCAGUCCGACGCCCCUGAUUGCUCUAAUUAUAUCUAAUCUAAUCUAAUUAUAUGAUAUAAUUCCAUUACAUCAUAAAACUACUUUUUCCAAAUACACUGGUAUUUUAAUACCAGUUCUUCUAGCAACAAUAAGGGAGACAGAAUGUUUUGCAAGUUUAGUUAGUAGAAGAUGCUCCUUCAUUACCUUCCUCAGCGACAGCUUUACAAAAAAAUGAGUGUGGUUCAGCCAGACCUCCUGCCGUCCAGGUUUUUGUGUCAAUACAGAGGACGAAAAGACAAAGUAUCACAAAAUGACCUGCUGCCAGCCAAUAAUGGUAACAACAGGACAGAUACAAGGCCCGACAUAGUCAAAGAAUAACUACAAUAAGUAACAGGUUUGUUCCUAUAAAGUUGCUGAUUAUUACCUGUGUCACUGUCAAAAGCAAUGCUCAUUGCAAUAAAAGCAGUUUUAACUUUUUGUAUCACUUGAAGCCUUUGGCCAAAGUCCAUAAUGGCUCUUAUCCAGGAUUCCAGAGUUCAGACAUGGGGAUUCAGCCACUAUCAGUGGUAUUUCCUGUGGUGCCAGCUAUUAUGUACAUGCAACCUCAAAAUCAUUUCUAAAAGGCCAGUUAAAUGCUUCCUGGCUUGAAGAAGAAGCACUUGUGCAUGGCAGGAAGAGAAGCGUCUCGUGACUCACGAGGACUGAGUGCUUUCUCAGACUUAGGCUGAAUCCGAAUCUUAGUCUUACACAGAGAGAGCCUUGCCUCCAAAACCUGGCCUCAUUACAAGAUACCUGCCCUGUUUCCUGGUCACCUAACAAUGACAGCUAUAUCUGUUCUAGAUAUGUUCUUGGUAGAAAAAAAUUGCUCAAUGAAAGCAAGUCAUCAUUUUGUGCUUCUGAAAUUUAUAUUAAAACUGAUGGCAGCAGGUGAUGCCACUUAUUUUAUCUAAAUGGUUCGCUGCCACCGGUUUGUUAAAUCAAAUGUUUUGUGACUUGCAAACUAAGAGCAGAUUUUGUCUCUUUCUUAUUAAAUCACUGUUUAUAGUUAUGUCUUUCAUCCCGUUGCUGCCAAGUGCAAAACUUGAAUUAAAACAAUAACAAUGUCUAGGAAGUACCCUAUGUAUGUAAUCCUUCAAAAAGGAUGUAUUUUUACUUUUACUACUUCAUCAGUGAUAAAAUGUAGACAUUCAUAUUUGUAAAUUUAGAAGAUUAUCAUUUUGUAUUUUAAUAAUCUUGUUUUGUCAUCAAACGUUUUUUCCACGCAUUAUUUUAAAGUGCUCAUAUUAUGCUUUUGGGCUUUUUCCCUUUCCUUUAUAGUUUUAUAUAUCUUUUUUGUGCACG